CAGUGUGUAUCUGACCCCUCACAACAGUGCUUUCAGCAAGAGAUAGAUUGAGAGUUAGUAGAAUCACUCGCCAGGCAGAUCUGGGCCACACCAGACUUUUCUCACCUUGCCCUGGGUUUUUUUUUUUUUUUUUUUUUUUCCCCUUCUCUACUCCCCUCUAGUCUUCCCUCCUGUCAGGUCAUGUGCUGCUGCCAAGGAUUUGAUGGAUAGUUUUUAUUACUACCCCUCAGGGUCCUCACAUGUGCUCCCUGUGGUGUGAUACUGUUGUUUUUUUUUGUUUUUUUUUUUUAAACUGAGGCUGAAACUAUUAAAGUGCACAGAACCUGGUGAGUCAUGCAAUGAGGAAAUGAGUUGUAUUCAUGGAAAAUGCAUAUAUGCUAAAGAGCUGAAUGAAGGGCAAACUCAUUCCUAGACAAACAUCUAGAUGGAGGAAGUAGUUGGUUGAUUCUGUAUGCCUGUAACACUUAAAUUGUCCUCAUGUGUUCUCUUAGUGCAUUGACGUUAUGCUGAUUUUCUUGAGGCUUCUGAAAAAUUUGUUCUAGCAAGCAAAAACUAUGUUUUAUUUAUAGUGUGGCUUUAUUUAAAAUAUACACUCACUGACCACUUGAUUAGAAACAUCUGUCCAUUCAUGCAGUUAUCCAGUCAGCUGAUCAUGCACCAGCAGUGCAAUGCAUAAAAUCAUGCAACUCAAGAUGUGAUCUCAGGGACUUCGACCACUGCAUGAUUAUUCGUGCCAGCCAGGCUGGAGCGAGUAUUUCAACGCCUGAUAAGCUCCUGGUGUUGUCACGCACAACAGUUUUUACACUUUACACAGAAGGGUGAGGAGAAACAAAAAAAAUGUUGGUUUUAUGGCAGAAAUACUUUAUUGAUGAGAGAGGAAAGAGGAGAAUGGCCAGACUGGUUCGAGCUGACAGGAAGGCUGCGGUAACACACAUAAUCACUCUUUUCCAUUCUCUCCUCUAUCAAGUGACCAAUACCAUCUGGGGUGCUUAACACAUGCUUUCUCUGAGACGUGAAACCAGUCAGCUGCAUCUCUUUGAACUUCUGCUCAAGCAGCAUUACAGGGAAAUGUAACACAUUAGGAGGAAAUUGUUAUCUGCCCUCUUCUGCAUGAAAGCACAGCUGCCCACAAUUGGCUAGUGUCCGUGUGAUUGACAGGGAAAAGAGAGUCCUGAGAGUCUUUUGGACCUCCAGCUAUGAAUGGCCGUGGCAACGUUGGACGUUGAACUCACGAUCUCAGGAUGACAGAGUGAGUGCUUUUCUGUUAGAUCACUCGGGAGCUGUAAAUAACCUUUUGUCUUUACAACCGUGGUGAGCAGAAAAGCAUCUCAGAGUGUACAGGUCAAACCUUGAGGUGGAUGGACUACAGUAGCAGAAGAGCAGACUGGGUUACACUCCUGUCUGCCUAGAACAGGAAUCUGAGGUGAGGGUGGGCACAGGCUCAUUACAUUAACAAGUAAUGACAUUAACAAGAUGAAUUAAUGGCUUCACAUGAAUGUGUAUUGUCAGUCUCUCAACAAUGAUACUAUAGCAGAGUAUAUGCUGUAAUACACUUCAUUAUUAUACAUUCUAUAAUAAAAGCUAUACUUUGGUAUAGAAUACACUAUCAUAUUCCUUAUUAAACAAAUAGCCCAAGUCUAAAAAGUAUGAGACCAAGAUAAAACCCACUCACAGUUUACGGAUAUUAUGAUAGAAAGUGAAACGGACUGUAGGAAAAAGUUCGCUAGGUUACCAAUUUACAUUAAUGUUCUCAUUACAGUAGAAAAUGUAAAUGUCUAUUUCUGCAUGUGGAGUUAUAAUAGCACCUAUAAAUUUCAAGUAACUGUUUCAAAAUACUUCAUCUUCUUACACUUAAACUAAUAUAGCACAAACACUUGUAAUGCACAGCUGUUUCUGUCUCAGAAAAUUCCAUAAGCCAAAAAAAAUUCUAGGUUUUAAUGCACUUUAAAUUCUGUGUGCUUAAAUCAAAGGAAAUGUGCUUUGAUUUGCAAAUCUUUACAUGUGCUAUACUACUUCCUGUUGCAUUUCUUUUAAAAAAUGAUAAUUAGCAAACUCCCUGUCAUUUCUUAUACCUCAUGCAUGCUCCCUAAUUCCCAAAUGCAAUGAUAUAAAAUAGGAUUACACUGCAGCGCUUGCUAGAAAAAUGGCCUAUGCGUAACCUAUGUAUGUCCUGUGUACGUAUUUGGACAAAAUGAUAAUACCAAAGUCACCAAAGUCUGAGCAUCUGGUCUCAUUCUUGACAUGGACUUGGCCACAUCUGGUGUUGGUCUCAUCUUGGUCUUGCCCCCUUGGUCUUGACUCAGACUCUGCUGGAUAUGGUCCUCGUCUUGACUCGGUCUCGGCUGAGGUGGUCUUGAACCCAACGCUAACAGAUGGCCUGUCCAAACACAUUCUAAUGCAGCAAUGAGCAGAGCGUGUUAAUGUAGCUGAAACUAAAAGAUUUCUCUUUCUUUUCAUAUUGACUUCCUGGAGAACUGGAAAUAAAACAAAAUGUUUUCUGUGGUUCUGCUUUUCUGUGUCUGUGUGUGUUUCUGUAUUUCUGUUUUAUGCAAUAUAGUUGAGCUCUGUUCUUUGUCCAUAACAUUUGAUAUUAAGUUGUGAAAAUUUUGCAUGGUAUUUGCGGAUGUGCUUUCGGGUCCCUGAAGGACUAGUGGUUAGGCCACAUUGCUCUCACUACUGUAGCCUGGGUUUGAUUCCCGGGCAGGGAACUGACCCCAGCCACUGGGGUUGCGUGCAACAGUACGUUCUCAGUGCUGGUCCCAAGCCUGGAUAAAAUUGAGGAGGGUUGCGUCAGAAAGGGUAUCCGGCGUAAAAACUGUGCCAAAUCAAAUAUGCGGACCAAUGAUCUGCUGUGGCGACCCCUAACGGGAGCAGCCGAAAGUGGAACAACAAUAUUUGCAGAAGUGCUUUUAUGCUUGAGAAUGCUCAUAAUUAGAUAUCCAAGUACAUUGACUUCUACUAGGUAAACUCACCACUGCCAGUAUCUUCCUCUCAGGUAGGCCUCUAGACAUAGAGCCUGCUCUGAUGUCUAUCUGAACUGGUGCUGCUUGUAACUAUAACCAAAGAUUAUUAUCUUAGAAAUGACAUAGUUCUCACUGAGCAAAAUUUUGCUGGUCUGGAUGGGAAACUAUCAAACUAUCAUCAAAUAGUGUCUUUAAGCUGUGAAUAAUGCGUGCAUAUUAAUCUCAUUUGCCACUGUACAACUGCCCUCUAAGAGAAAAUGUUACAAUGGGGAAAGUAACAUUGCUUUAUUAUGAACUCUCAAUCACUGGUAGCAUAUGACACAGUUGGGAUUCAAACUUUAAAUUGCAACAGAAUGCCAAACACUGAGAAACACAUUGAGUGUGUGGGUAAAAAUAGGUUUUUGUGCAUCACUGGGCAUAGCAUGUCAUUGGAAACAUGGGUAGCAGUUAUGGUGUUUAUUAACGUGGAAUGUGCUUAAUGUUUAAACUGUUAGCAUGCUUGACCUUGACCUGAGAACAGACCUUUCCUCUCCUGUGCUGUCUCACUGUGUCUCUCCAUUGCAAUUCAUUGAAUGUUGUCCUUCACCAAAGUGCCAGCUUUUUUUCUGGGUCAGUCCUUAGCCCUCUGAGAGGGCCUGAGCCACAAGAAGUAGAAAGAGAGAGAGAGAGGAGGGGGGGAGGUAUUUAUAGAAAAAUAGGGCUUCGCAGUACCUUUUUCCUCGCAAAAGAAUCAUUAGAGGACCCAGCUAGCAUGUCCCAGAUUUCUGAUCAGUGCUCUGCAUGAGGGCCAGGGCUAGACAAACUUAGUAGAGGAUGCAGAGCCUUGCGUGUCUGUGUUCUCCUACACACUCUGUUCUUCUCCACAGCUCAUCCUGGGCUCAAGCUGCAUGUCUGAUGGAGCUUUGAUAGACUUUGUAAAUGGUUUAAGUCUUUGGUGGUGACUCAGCUGACUUUCCUCAGGCCCUUGGGCUUCCCACACUGACUCUGAUACAAAUCCCAUAACAACACACCUGCAACCAUGAUGAGAAGAUUUCUGAAGAGCCAGAAGGGCCGCUUUUCACUCCGCCAAAGCCGUUCAGGUUCCCGCAGCGCCUCCAAGGACUUCUACCCAAAUCCUCAAGUGCUCAGGGACUUCCCCUUAAACAUUGAACUGGCGCUUCCGGCAACUAACCAGGGCUGGCCUGAGGACUUUGGAUUCAAGCUAGGUGGAGAUGGACCUAGCUACAUCCUCUCUGUGGUGGAGGGCAGCAGUGCCUAUAUGGCAGGUCUGCAGCCUGGUGAUCAGGUGCUGGAAAUUGAUGGCCAGAACGUCUCUUCUCUCAGCACUAAAGCUCUCAUUGCCUUGGCCCAAACCCUCAAAACUGUACCUCCAAGCAUCGGGGUUGUGUCCCGCAUUGAACAGUUGGACAUCACCCCAGGACCUGACGGCCGCUUUGGCUUCACCAUUGUUGGAGAUUGCCCCUUGUUGGUGGAGGACUGCAUGCUCAACUCUCCAGCGGGCCGCAGCGGGUUACGGGCAGGGGACUAUGUGAUGGAGGUGAAUGGAAUUCCAGUGAAGCACCAUGAGAUGGCGGCAGCCAUGAUUAAGGCAUCGCAGGGGCGUACACUGCGCCUUGGUGUGCUCAGAAUGAACCGUUGGCAAAAACGCACGAGCAGCAGCAUGAAAGAAACCUACCAGAGUGGAGAUAUAGUCCGUCAGGACCGCAAACACAAAGCCCUGGAGUUUAACAAGAAGGUUGAGGAGAUUUUAGGUGAGGAGCCAAUGGUGAAGGAGAGGCUUUUUGACCUGUUGAAGCAAUAUGCUUCAGAGAGGGAUGUGGAGCAGCUGGCGUCCACACUCCCUGAGAUACUGAUCAAUGAGGAACAUCAACAGCUGAUUGACAGCAUCAGGAUCUUCAUCCCCAAGAAGCACCGGCAGCGUUUUGAUGAAGUGGUCUCCCAGAGCCUGAUCAGCCGCCUGAGGGGCCGCAGUUUUAGUGAGCACAGGCAGAGCGGACUGCGCCGCAGCCGCAGCGAGGAUCACCCCGAGCGGCUGCUGGUGUCAACGCGGGCCAGCUCAGUGCCACGCACUGCCCAUGAGGAUGGCAUCAUCCCCCCGUCUCGCGGCCUUCGCAAAACGACUUCACUCAUCGCUGGCCACUCUGGCGCCGUCACCAACCGCAGGACAGUGCGGGUCUACAAGGGGAACCAGAGUUUUGGUUUUACCCUCCGUGGCCAUGCUCCUGUUUGGAUUGACUCGGUUAUUCCAGGUAGCCCAGCUGAGAAAGCAGGCCUUAAACCUGGAGAUCGCAUCCUGUUUCUCAAUGGCCUUGACAUGAGGAGCUGCGCCCAUGAGAAGGUGGUGGCAAUGCUGCAAGGCAGUGGAGCCAUGCCUUCGCUAGUGGUAGAGGAUGGCCCUCCAGCCUUCAUGCUGGCUGAGCCUGAGGCUCUGGAGGCAUCUCCACGCUCACGUUCCCCUGUGCUUAGCUCCCUACAGUGGGUGGCUGAAAUCCUGCCACCCAGCAUUCGCGUGCAGGGGCGCACUUUCAGUCAGCAGCUGGAGCACCUGCUUACCCUGCAAGAGAGAUACACCAUCUGCAAGUCCCUCGAGGCCUUCUUCCAGCACAGGAAUGUGGAUACUUUGAUCGUGGAUGUGUUUCCAAUCCUGGAUACUCCAGCUAAGCAGGUGAUCUGGCAGUUUAUCUACCAGCUGCUGACUUACGAGGAACAAGAACAUUGUCAGAGCAAGAUCUCACGCUUCCUUGGUUAUAAAGUCACAUUGCCUGUGGCAGAGCCAGAGCCACCAGCUCCAGAGCCCCACCGGCGUAGUAGCUCUAUGAAGGUGACAGGCACCACCUACCGGAGCAGUGUGAGAGGCCGUAGUUCAGACGAUCUGGUCAUUGGCACUCACCUGGGAAUGGGGAUCCGCACUGAACCUGUUGAGGUGGCUUCUAUGAGACUGGCUCCUGGAGAAAGACAGUCUGGAGAUGGGACCUCUCUACCAGAGACCCCCAACAACCUCACUAAUCUAUCUGCUGUAUAUGCCGAGCUGGAGAAUGUGCAUGUAGGCAAGAGGUCUAAAUCCCUGAAGAGCCGCCCUCCUCCUGCCCCUGAAACAUUGAUUGACAUCUACCCUCACUCAUCUAGCCAGUCUGUCAGAGCUAAAUCUUCCUCUCCUUCUGUACGGGCUAGUUCAGGCCGUAAGACAACAUCAGUCCAGCCUCCCCCUCCUCCUCCUCCUCCUCCCCCACCUCCCCAACCUGUAUGGACUGAGCCCUUGCCCAGUCCCCAGGGCCUUGUCUAUCCCCAAGAGCUUCCAUCCCAGGGGAGUGCAGAGUCCAACCCCUACAUUAGCCUUGACAGCCCGCCAUUAUCACCACCAUCUCCCCCUGACUAUCCGCCGAGCCCCCCAGACUACCUACCCAGUCCUCCCAUCCGGAAGAAGCGAUACACAUUUUCCCGUCCCCCGCGCAGUGCUGACACAGACCUGUUCAUGGAGGCCCUCACAGAGCAGCUGGGUCAGCAGCUAUCUGUUGAUGACUUUUUGUCUCCAGAGAAUGAUUACGAGGAGGAUGUGGUCCAAAUGACCCUCCAAGACGAGGAGGAUGAGGAAGUAGAGGAUGAAGAUGAGGAGGAAGAUGAAGGCCCUUAUAUCCCUCCGGAGCUCAGCAGUGCCAGUGAGAUGCAUAGUAGCAGUGAGGACGCAAGUUCCCUCACCUAUUCAUCCAGCUCUGAGCACAUUCCACCUCCACCUCUCACCCCACCUCCCCCACCUCCUGUUCAGUUUAAUGAUCCACCACCUCCUACCAACUUCACCCCUGAUCAAGUACCCCGACAGUUAACUUUCCGCCGUCACCCAGGUCCUCCACCUCCACCUCCUCCUAGGGCCAAUCUACCUCCAAAGAGACAGUCUAUUAACAAGGGGCUUCCUACUCGGGAGGAAUUGAUGGCCCACCAGGUUCUCCACGAAGCCCAGUCUCUACCAGUCCAGCCGACAACUGGACACUCCCAGCACCCCCUACAGCAAAUGCACCAGUCCCUGCCCCCAUUGCCUUCCCCAGACCUAUCUCCAUCUGCCAUCCAUAGCCAUAUCAUGUACCAAAUGCAUCACCAAAAUCAACAAAGUCAACAAGAUCAACAGGUUUAUCAAAUUCAUCAGAGUCAUCAGGCUCAGCACAGCCAUCAACUUCAUCAAGCUCAGCAGAGCCGUCGAAUGCAUCAAAGCCACCAGACUCAUAAUACCCAUCAGACUCAACUCUCUAGCUCCAUGGACAGACUUGACAAAAUUGAGAGGAUGGAACUGUCUGAUAGACGUAUUUAUGAGGUUUACCAGCCUCAACCAAUGCAUCCAGGUCAUCAGAUUCCCCUUAGUCAUCAUCAAAGCCAUCAAGUUCAUCUAUCCAGCUCCAUGGAUAGGCUGGAUAGAUUGGAGAGGAUGGAACACUUAGAACGGAUGGAACGUUUAGAACGGAUGGAACGUUUAGAACGAAUGGAAAGGAUGGAAAGAUCAGAGAGAUCAGAGAGAGAAAGGAGAGCUGAAAUGCAUCAGGCCCCUGUGUCUCACCCGAACCCCCAGUCUAUUCGCCAGACUCAGCAGACUCCACAACCUCAAUCAGCUUAUCCCAGUCAACAGCAAAUCCAUCAGAUCCAUCAAGUCUACCCACAAACCCAACCUUCUCCACUUACCCACCAACCACAUCACAUUCAUCAGAUUGAGCACAUCCAUCAGACCCAGCUUGUGCAAUCUGCUCCUCAAUACCAUGUCAUCCACCAGCCCCACCAACCUCACCAGACCCAGAUCCUCUCCACUUUCCAGCCCCUGCCUCCACAUCAGCCAAUAUCACAACAGCAAACACAACAGCAGCAGCAGCAACAGCAACAGCAGCAGCCACAGCAACACCAACAUCAAUCUCAUCCAGUCCACCCUUCAACCCAAGCCAGACAGAGUCCUCAUCCCAUUCAGCACCAACGCCAUCAGCAUCACCACGAAGCUCAAUCUCAAUCACAGCCUCAGCCACAGCCUCAGACCCACCACAAAGAGGCAUCUACCGUGGAGCCUCCUCCACCUCCACCUUUGCCCCCUCCCUGCGAACCCCCUCCUCUGCCCCGGUCCUCACCACAUAAAUCAGACUCCAGCCACAUGAAUGUGAAGAGGCUACGUUGGGAACAAGUUGAGAACUCUGAAGGAACUAUCUGGGGACAGUUGGGAGAAGACUCUGAUUAUGACAAGCUCAGUGACAUGGUGAAAUAUUUGGACUUGGAAUUGCAUUUUGGCACACAGAAGAGUCCGAUAUCUAUUCCAGAACCUGCACCUCAGCCUGAGACAUUCAAAAAGAAAGACGUGAUUGAGAUUCUUUCCCAUAAGAAAGCCUAUAAUGCAUCCAUCCUGAUUGCCCAUCUGAAGCUGUCUCCAGGUGAGCUGCGUCAGGUGCUAAUGACAAUGUCGACCGAUCGCCUGGAGCCAGCACACAUCAAGCAGUUGCUAUUGUAUGCCCCAGAUGAUGACGAGGUCAAACGGUAUGAGCAGUACACUGAUGACCCUAGCAAGCUCAGUGAGCCAGAUCAGUUUGUCUUACAGAUGCUGUCCGUGCCUGAGUAUAAGACCCGUCUGAAGAGUCUGCAUUUUAAAAGCAUGCUGCAGGAGAAAACUGAAGAGAUGAGAGUAGGAUUUGAGUGCAUCUACAAGGCCUCACUGGAGCUCAAAAACAGCAAAAAACUAGCAAAGAUUCUGGAGUUUGUCCUUGCCAUGGGGAAUUACUUAAACAAUGGCCAGCCCAAGGGAAGUAAGACCACUGGCUUUAAGAUCAAUUUCCUCACUGAACUUGGUACUACCAAAACAGUGGAUGGAAAAUCCACUUUUCUGCAUAUCCUGGUCAAAUCAUUGUGCCAACAUUUUCCUGAAGUACUGGACUUUGCCAAAGAACUCAUAACUGUACCACUUGCAGCCAAAGUUAAUCAGAGGAACAUCACUUCAGAUAUGAAUGAUCUGCACACCACCAUCCAAGAUAUCCGCUCAGCCUGCCAAAUGAUGCCAGCCACUGCUGAGGACCGCUUUGCUGUUGUUAUGAGUGGUUUUCUGGAGAACAGCCACCCUGCUGUGCAGUCUCUGGAGUCUCUACAGCAGAGAGCUAUGGAGGAAUUCUGUAAGGUGGCCUCCUUCUUCGGUGAGGACGGCAAGGUCACCACCACUGAGGCUUUCUUUGGCAUCUUUGCUGAAUUUACUUCAAAGUUUGAUAGAGCCCUAAUGGAGAACCAGGCCACUGAGAAUCCUCCACGCAGCCCACGCAGUCCUCGUAUGGCGUCUCCCUUAGCAUGGUGACGGGACACACAAACACACACAUGCACAUACUGUAUACACAUUUAUAUAAAGUACACACAUAUUCAUACCCAAUGUACAUUGUACAUACACUAAAAGACUACUAACAAAUCCAGGCAUACCUGGAAAAACUGUUCCUGUACAUAUGCUCUCAUACUGACUUCACUUCACACAUUUUUGAGCUACAUAGGCUACAUGGAUUUUUUGGAACAUGUUCAAACUAAAUAAAAAAAAAAACAACUAAAAACAUGUCUUAGGUUGAAAGAUUGUAGUAGCAUUAUACAGUGUGACUUUUAAUGUACACGCAAACUUAGAUAUGGUACUAAAUCAGCUGUGGAAUGUGAACAGAACUGUGAAUGAAAUUCUGCACAAAUGAAAUACCUGGUGUUGUUUUGGAUAUAAAUGCGCUUACAUGUUAAUUCAUGAGGGCUUUGUUUAACAGAUUACAUUGAUUCUUCUACUGUAGAAUGUAUUUACAUAGACCUUGGACACUUUGGGAUAUAACAUACUAUAUUUCUUAUAGAGAUAUAAAAUUGAUUUAUGAUUAUUCUAAUUAAAGUUUUAACUAAUAAAGUGAUUCCUUAUAUAGUAGGGUGCAAUCUCACAUGCAAUAUAUGAAAUAAAUGCAUAUUAUAAGAGUUAUUGUAAGAGUUUAUAACUACUAUAGGUAGUUUUUAUUGUAGUAUGACAUAUCAGAUGUACUUAUGAGAGAAUUAGAUAAGUUUUCUUCUGUACUCUUUUUGUGGUCAUCCAUAAUGAAUGUAUGUAUAUGCAGGUUUACAUUUAGCCAUUAGCGUGUGGCCAAACUGCUUUUUUUAAAUUCAUUGUUAUACCAAGGUUUUUUUCCCUAUUUUUUUUUUUUUUGCCAAAUUAGGUAUUUGCUUUAUCAAAUGCUGAAUGUACAAUAGAACAGAAGUUAUUUGUUUGUUUGUUUUUUGUUGUUUUUUAUGAGAAAAUGAAAAUGGAAAUCUUCAUCUGUUUUUUUU